AUGCAAUACAAACAAAUUCAUUAUUUUAAUGUUCAUCCUAUGUGGAAAUUAUCACCCGCAUUAAAGGCGAUCAGAUUUUGGAUACAUAUUUUUCUAUGUUUGAUUGAAAUUAUCCUCACUACAAUACUCAUUUGUAAAUUUUGCAAAUCGUGUAAGGAAACGGAUAAAUACAAAUGGGUUUUACUAGGUUUAAUACCAAGUUCCAUAAUAUUCUCACUUCUAUUGAUCACUGUACGUGAAAUGCGAGAACAUUUCCCAAUGAAUUUUAUCUUCCUGCAUUUAAAUACGUUGUUAAUGUGUUUUGCAUUUAUACCACCAAUACUGAGCACCAAAAUCACAUAUACCACGAUAUCGUUUGGUCUCGCGGCAUUUAUUCUAUUUAUAGUGAUUUUACUGGGGAUGUCAAUCAAAGUUGAAAUUUCUCCGAUUAUGUUGAUUCUUGUUAUGAUCAGUUUCAUUGCACUGGGACUGAUAUCAUCGAUUACAUUGUAUUUUGCUCACCAAAGUGUCGCAGUUAAUGUGAUGGGAGCAUUUGUUCUCCUGUCAGUUUUACCAUUACUGAUAUUUAUUGGCCAGCAAUUGAAACUAGAAUCCUAUCCAUGGAUGCUUCAGUCGGAUUGCAUAUUUUAUGCUGUCGUGAUAUCAAUAACAUAUUUGUUCAUAUUUUAUUCAAUCGACAUGCAGUUUUUCAAUUCACAGCAUUAA